GACUACCUUCCUCCUUCAUCGUCAUGGCCGAAACAAAAAUCAUUACCUACGAGGAGCUCAAGGCCCACAACUCGAAAGAGAGCCUGUACAUACUCAUUCAUCAGAAGGUUUACGAUGUGGCAAAGUUCAUUGACGAGCACCCCGGAGGAGACGAAGUGAUUCUAGCGGAGACCGGCAAGGACGCUACCGAGGCGUUCGAGGACGUCGGCCACUCGGAUGAAGCUCGUUCCAUCCUCAAGGACCUCUACGUCGGCGACUUCGAGAAGGACGGCGUUCUGAAGGCCAAGCCUGCCUACGACAAUUCUUCAACAAGCCACGCUGUCAACAGUGCGGUUCAACAAGGGUCGAAUCUGAUGUACUUUGUUCCGCUCGCGAUGCUGGGUGCCUACUUCGCAUGGCGAUACUAUUCGAGCGGCUCUGUGUAAAAUGCUGUUCUGGUUAUCGCGCUUUGUUGUCAUACACCGGUAGAAUUGCUCCAUGUUAUCUAUGCAUCUUGGACUGGGA